AUGGACGUCGAGGAUAAGGACGAGCACGCGUUACAAGUGGAGACGCGAAUGAAAGCACCUCUGCGAUGGAAUUCUCCAGCCAGAUACGAGAUAAUCGACCUGAAAGAGCUGCAGUACGACGAAGCUUUGCGGCUGAUCAAACACCACUUCUUUCGCGAGGAGCCUAUGUGCAAGGCCUCCUCGUUGCUCCAGGACGAGACAUCCGUGAACGAGUAUCUGGAGCUGGCGAGUACGUGGAUGAAGGACACCACGAGCAUAAUCGCGACGAGUGCAGCGUCUGGUCGCGUGAUCGGAGUUGCUGUUGCGCGAAUCAACAGCAGCCCUGAGAAAACGGACACUUACAACCGUGCGCAGAUCCUGGAAGGAGAAACUCUGCGCAAGAUCAUGCAUCUAACGAAUACGCUACUUGUUCAAGCUAAUGCACACGAAAGGUUCGGCCAUCCAGCGUAUUUCUGCAUAUACAUUCUGUGCGUGCACCCGUCUUAUCGAGAGAAAGGUGUCGAGAUUGCGCUUCUGAACGCUUGCGUGCAGGUAGCAGUGACCUUAAAAAUGCCAGCAAUCGGUGGUGUUUUCACCAGCGGUGUUUGCCAAUCGUGGGCGCACAGCGUAGGCUUCGAGCUUCUCUCGGAAAUACGUUACAGUUCAUGGCUGAGCAACGAUCAGGCUGUCUUCGACGAUCCAGGAAGAGGAAAUUACUCGGCUGCCUUCAUGGGCAAGCUGAUACUACUCGAGGAGUUCAAAGAGGACGAUGUACCAUCCGUCAGUACUGCAUCGAGAGAUGUAAGAUCGCUGAAAUCUGUUAGAUCGCUGAAAUCUCAGGAACAAGGUUCUCUGAAAUCUGCGGAGCAAGGCUCUGUCCAAUCUCAAGUGCAAAUGUGA